GGCUGGGGCAGAGGCUGGCAUGGCUGGCACCGUCCUGCCCACGCCUGCGGGCACCGACCUGGGCUGGAGCGUCAAAGGGGCCCGAUGGCACCACAGCCGGGACUGGCCCCUCACAAGCAGUGGGGUGGGGCUGGAGAACCAGCCCCCACAGCCCUUCCCACCCCCCGUUGCCCACUCCACAGUGCAUGAGCCCCUGCCCCCCGGCGCGGAGCAGCCCCUGCCGGAAGAGCUGAUCCGGCGCCUGGCGACCACCACGGGGCUCUGCCAUGACGUGAAAACCCACGGAGGGGUCCUGGGCCAGCCCGGCUACCCCCUGCCCACCCCGCUGGGGAGAGUCCACUGCAACAAGGACCUCCGAGACAAGCUGCAGCUCCGCUCCUGGCGGGUCUCGCUGACCCCGGGGGGCUGGCCCAGCGAGACCCAGCACUGGUUCUGUGGCUGGCCCAUCCUGCCCCCCGAGCCCGCCCACCACGCCGGACCCCAGCCCUUCAUCCUGGCCGCCCACCACAGCGAUGGCGCCUCCCAGUUCAUGGUGGCCAGCAUGGAGAACAAGCCCCUGGCAGGAUCUGUCUUCUACAUCCGCGAUGGGGCGGUUCUGAGCCGGCUGGACCCCUAUGUCUCCGUCACCAGCCGGGACAUCCGCGCCUUCACCCCGCAGGAGCUGCAGGGCUAUGCCCGGAAAGACGUUCUCACCUAUUGGCAGUUUGAGGGUCACCCUAAGGCCUGGGGGCAUAGCCUGAAAAACCCCUCCCUGGGCAAGGAUGCGGAGCCCCCCCUCCGGCCCCCCGGCCCCCCAAACGACACAAGCUUCUUCCCCAGCCCCACCCGCCCUCCCCGCCUGCCCAUGUUGGUCCCUGCUGUUCUGCACAGGGGGGCACUGAGCCUGGCGCAGGAGUCCUACGGGCCUCCCCGCCACACCCCCAGCGGCCAGGGCCCCCCAACCCGGCCCCCCACCGUCUGCCCCCCCAUGGCCGGGCCCCAGAUCCUGGCAGUGCCCCUGAUGUACCGCACAGAGAGCCAGUGUUAUGGGAGCAGCAAGCCUGGGCCUGUCUGAGGGGCCCCUCCAUGUCCCCCCAUACUGUGCCCCCCAACAUGCUACGAUACAUCACCCCUGUGUUCUCUGAUCUGUCCUCCUUGGGGUACAGGGGGCUUGCCAAGACCUGGUCCCUUCUCUGCCCCCAGCUACCAGGACACCUGGGUUCUAUUUUGGGGGUGGGGGAGGGGCUGCCAGGCAGGACUCUCAGAAGAGGACCCAGGUGUCCUGACACCCAGCUCCCCCGCCCCACCUGUGCCCUUGGGUGGGGGAUUUGUCCAGGGGCGCCACUAUUGAGGCCAGCAGGAUGCGGGGAUUUCUCACCUGGAAACGCAGCUGGCGCCGGCCCCUGGCUACAGCCCGGGUUGCCCUUGGCAAAGGAGACAUGAGCCGAGAGGGUGAAUGGCUCUGCACCCCCACCCCCCAGCAGCCGGGAGAGAACCCAGGAGUCUUGGCUCCCAGCCCCCACCCCUCCCCGAGCCGGG